AUGAAUAAUUAUAAUAUUGAAUAUCAUAGCAAUGACUUUAAUUCUAAAUCUGAUAAAAGUUUAGAAGCCUUGCCACAGACCCUUAUUUGCAAAGUUGUGGAUAAAAAUGAUGUAAAAUGUGGAGCAAAAUGCAAGAAUGUUGAAAGUUCAACAGGAAAUCUUAUUAUGCACCUUAGAGAUAUCCAUGAAAUUGUUUUACAGAAUGGAGUAAAAGUUUAG